AUGAUAAUUGUUUUAAAUAUUUUUAAUAAUAAUUUAACUAAUAUGGAAAGUAAUUUAAAAUCAACAGAACAAUUAAUAAGUACACCCGAACAAGAAACUACAACAGUUACUAAUAUAAAGCAAGAAACAAAACAUCUAAUGAAAGUAAUAAUAUAUACAAACGAUGUUCAAUAUCUCAAACAUGCAUGUAGAAACUUUAUAUCUAACGUACAAAUAAUAUAUACACUUAAGGAUUUGACAAGAUCAGAUAAUUUAGUAUGUCUUAGACAUAUAAGUGAUAAAGAUAAUAAGAAAUACUCAUCACUCGCCAAUUUAAAAUACAUUAUAAAUAUAGAUACUGAUGGUGAUUAUAAAUAUACAAUUAUUAAAGAGGCAUGUUCAAAUUUCAAGGUAGAAGAUUAUACCAGUUCUUUAAUAGAAAAAUUAGUACAACAAAUUUUUAUUGAACUAAGAGAUAAAUAUAAAAGUAUAAUACCACCAAAACAAUUAUUAAACACAAUACAAGCAUUAAUAACAUCUAUUAAUAAUAUAACUAAAGGUAAAUUUACUAAUAAAGAAAUAAGACAAGUAUUUAUGUCAUACUUCUCAAGAAAUCUUAUUUAA